CACCCACCCACCCACCGACCCGCCAACCGGCUGAUUAUGCAGUCCGGAUGUGACGUAUUAAAGGACCCGACGGAAAUAGAACUGAAGGCAUUCUAAAAUGGCAAACUGUACAGUGAAGGAUGCGCACAGCAUCCACGGCACCAACCCUCAAUAUCUGGUGGAGAAGAUCAUUCGAGCGCGAAUCUAUGAGUCCAAAUACUGGAAAGAAGAGUGCUUUGGACUUACAGCUGAACUUGCAGUAGAUAAAGCCAUGGAGUUAAGGUUUGUGGGUGGCGUCUAUGGUGGCAACAUAAAGCCAACUCCCUUUCUAUGUUUGACCUUGAAGAUGCUUCAGAUUCAACCAGAGAAGGACAUCAUUGUACAGUUUAUCAAAAAUGAAGACUUCAAGUAUGUCCGCAUGGUGGGAGCACUUUACAUGAGGCUGACAGGCACUGCAACUGACUGCUACAAGUACUUGGAGCCUCUGUAUAAUGACUACAGAAAAAUCAAGAUCCAGAAACCCAACGGAGAAUUUGAACUGAUGCAUGUAGAUGAGUUUAUUGAUGAACUGCUGCACAGUGAGAGAGUCUGUGACAUCGUUCUCCCACGGCUGCAGAAACGCGAUGUACUAGAGGAAGCUGAGCAAUGGGAACCAUCACCAGAUCACUGCCGCAGGAGCCACCGAGACGUAGACAAACCCUGGCGCUCUCCCACACUGCGCUAUAGGAGGAGUAGGAGCCAGUCUCCAAGAAGGCAGAGUCGGUCUCCCAAAAGGAGGAGACCCUCCCCUCGCCAAGAAAGGCAUCAGAGCAGAAGUCCAAGAGGACAUCGCAGUUGGUCCCGAGAUAGACGGCACAGAUCCCGUUCCAAAUCACCAGGUCAUCAUCGCAGUCACAGAUGCAGGAGCCACUCAAAGUCUCCCGUAAGAUCGAAGAAAAGCCACAAGAAGAGCCAGAGAAGGAAUGAAUAAUGGACUAAGUCUGGUUUUAGUCCAAAAGGCUUAUGGAUGAAGGCGUCUGUGUGACGGGAUUAAGAACUACUUCCGGGGCCUCCCCGGCGGCGCAGCGGUUGAGCGCUGGGUUGCAAAGCUGCCCGCAGCUUCUGCAGCGCCGGCCGGUUUGAUCCCCGGGCGGGCGAGGGACCCGCAUGGCGCGCAGACCUCUCCUGCCGCCCGCUGCUCCCCUCAGCAGUGUACUUCGUCAGUCUGUUACCGAAUGCCGGCCUCAGUUUCCCUCAGCCAAUAAAAGGAAACCGAGUUUGAGGAAAAGGAAAGCGGUUUUAUUGGUCGACAAAUGAGGAGGGCUGCAGACUCAUGUCCAAAAGACCGCCGUCCUGCCCUUUGGCAGUGGGCAGGGGUAUUUAUACUAGGGGGAGAGGGGCAGGGGUUCGCGAAGGGGAGGAGGAAGAGGUCCACACGGAGACAGGUGGGCGCCAGCUCAACACGGAGAUGGAUGGGUACCAGCUGGUUUUCAUCAAAGGGAGGGGGAAAGUGUCAGCACAGAGAUGGGGAAGGAGUCUUCAGAGGCCCAUGGGUGUCAACUCAUUCAUUAAGGGAAGGGGAAGGUGUCUGCACGGAAACCGGUGAGCGCCAGCUUGUUUUUCUUCUCAAAGGGCAGGGGGGAGCUGCAACAAAUGGGAAAGACAAGCUGUUAGUCCUCUUAAUGCUAGAUAAGGGGGAAUUGCAAGAAAUGGGGAAAGGACAAACUUGUUAACUGUAUCAAGUCUGCCUGCUCUGCUCUGCCCUCUGGCUCUGGUGAAUUCUCUCACCCUCCCGCACUUCUGACUGUACCCAGUGCUUGUAUAAACAAAUAAAAAAUUAAAAAAAAAAAAAAAGUAGGGGGGGCGGGGAAGUUCCCCACGAAAUAGUCAUGAUGAUCCAUUUCAGGGAUGAAGAGUCAAUCGAAAAGCUGUGACCGCAUAAAGAUCUUCUAGAAGUUAUUUUCACGUCAUUCAAAAGAGAGGUCAGUGAGGAAUUGGCCUAUCUGCCAGUAAGGGGGUGCUUCUUAAAGAGGGCUUCCGGGGCCUCCUCGGUGACGCAAGGGUUUAAGAAGGAACCUAUGAAGCUAUCCACCCACCGCCACUGCUGCCCGAGUUCGAUCCCCAGCAGACCUCUCGUGACUUGCCCGCUGCUCCUUUCAGCAGUGUAUUUCCAUCAAUCUGCCUGUUCUGUUCCCCACUCUGUCUCCUGUGAAUCCUCUCACCUCCCAUGCCUCUGGCCUGUACCCCAGUUCUUGUAUGCAUAAAUAAAUAAAUCUUUUAAAAAAGAAAAACAAACAAACAAAAACUACAGACCCCGCAUGGAGGCGCUGUGUGAGGACCAGCAAGACUUCUUACCAAACCUAACUGAAAGGUCUGGCAGGGACCAGAGUUGCUAGGGUGAAGAAGCAUCUGGUAGGAAGCCCACCUAAGGACGAGAAUGCUGCUGAUAAAUCUCGUCGUCCUCCUCCUCCUCGUCUUUCCCUGCCGAACCUUUCACUAACUUGGCCUUCAACCCCUCUGCUGACUCAGAAGCUGCAGCACCCGACCCCCCACCAAUGUGUUUCCAAAUGGAACCAGGAUGUUAUUUUCUCCUACCCCGCAACAAUGGGCUCAUCUUUUCCAAUUUCCCAAAGGAAGGAAGAUGGGGUCGCUGGCCUCCAGA